UUUUUAAACAUUUUUACCUUCAUGCUUUUUAAUUGUCAAGGAUACUUGAUAGCAAAUGACUAAUCUAAACACGAAGUUUUCCUGAAUGCAAACCCCUUAGGUUUGACCAUAAAAAUGACAAGUACAGAUUCCUAAAUAGCUUUCAUUCCGCGUGGGACUAUAGACAGCGUACUAACUUGGUUUCGCUCAGUAAACGAAGUGAACAAAACAGGAACGAUGGACUUAGAAAGCAUUGACAGAAACAUUAAGGUUACUAUUGACAUUGACUUACGAAAUUUACAGAAUUUGGAACGUCUUCUCCGUGGAAAAGUACUGUUCCAAAGAAGGCCUUGUUUUAAAAGAAUCAAUGGGAUAGCCAACAAUAUUUUUUUAUUAUAGAUAGAAGGAACCAAUAACUAUAUGGUCGAAAAGAUGGCAUACUUUCCCCAUGUGUCUUCUGACAAUUCUAAUUUUACACGUUUCGAAUAAAUAAAGUAGGAAUAGAUGAUUCUGAACAAUCUAAGGGAUUAUCCUCAUCCAAAUAUAAUCUAAUUGGAGGAGAUUUCAUGUGACGAUAAUUCCUUAUCAGUAUUACUUGAAUACUGCCAUGGAGGUGACUUUCUUAAGUAUUUGAAUCAAAAUAACAAUAAUAUCGACCAUCAAUUGGUGAUGAAAAAAUUAUUAAGUGUUGUUUAGCAUCUACAUUAAUUGGAUAUACUGCAUCGAGACAUCAAACUUUAGAAUGUUUUACUAAGAAUACCAAACGAUGUGAGCAGUCUAGUAUUGGCAGACUUCGGGUUGGCUUGUCAUAAAUCUUAAAUUCCUUAUUACAAUACAAGAUGCGGAACCCCAGGUUACACAGCUCCUGAGGUGUUCACAUAAGCCAUCUAUGAUACCAAGGUUGACAUAUUUAGUUGUGGCGUAAUGUUCUUUAAUUUAUUGACUUUAAAAAAUCCUUUUGGGUCAUCCAGAAACCCAUAAACAUUGCUUUUGAAAAAUAUCUCCGCAGACUAUGAUCUAACUCAUUUAGAUCUCAUAAAAACUAAAACUCCUUUGGCUUAUGAUUUAGUACUAUAGAUGCUUCAUAAGGAUCCAAAAUUACGACCUUCUGCUACACAAUGUUUAUAGCAUCCCUACUUUGAGUAAACAGUAUUUGAACAAAAAGAAGAUUCUACUUUAGACAAUAUCUAGUAUAUCAUUACAUUUACAUUAAGAUUCCAUAAUCCUAUCCACCAAGCAGUGAAAGUAAACUAAACUAAGUCACGCCAAAUGCCCUAGUUUAAAUGA